GAGAGACGCCAACUAGAUUGCCAAAGACGGCGUUGUCAUUGGCGGACCCCGCGGCCGGCGCUUCGGAGCCAGCCGACGUCCCGUUAUCGGCAGCUGUUUGACCCCCAGAUAUAAGUCCUGGCGGUCACCCUAGCUUUAGUGUAUCUUGAGAGAUUCAUCACUAGUAUCACCAAACACGCAUCAUCACAGCAUCAAACGCUGCAUAAGUAAUCAGUAAAUCAUUCUCUAAGCAUGGCACUCUUGUCGCCCACCAUCAUCGCCGUCGCGGCCGCGCUUGUCCUCCUCGCCCGCGUCGUCUUGCGCUUGACGUCCCCGCUCGCUCGUCUGCCGGGCCCAACCGUCUCCAAAGUCACAUCGCUAUGGCUCAAGUACAAGGAGCUGCGAGCAGAGCGCACGGCGUAUAUCCACAGUCUGCAUAAGCGGUAUGGGCCUGUGGUGCGAGUCGCGCCGGACGAGGUGUCGUUUACGUCGUGGCCGGCUGUCAAGGAGAUUUACUGCUCGGGCGGUAGCGGGUACGACAAGACGGAGUUUUACGACUUGUUUAAGAUUUUCGGCAUCAGGACCAUGUUUACGACGCUGAAUAAAGCAGAUCACGCGACUCGCAAGAGGAUUCUGGCAGAUCGCUAUGCCAACAGCAAUGUCAUGAAGAGCGUCUCUGCAGAGGGUAUCCAAGAAAGAUCCAGGCGCUUUGUCGAAAGGUGUACAGCUGUACCCGGUACCGCGGCGGACGUUUAUAUUGCGCUUCAUGCGUAUGCUUGCGAUUGCAUCACUCACCACCUCUUUCACCCCCACGGGACGGACGCCCUGCGCAACCAGGUGGAUGAAGACAUGAUGCACCAGGUUGCGUCUGACAACUCGCUGCAAAACCGUCUUAUUUCAUACUACUCACCAACGCUGCAUAGCCUGUUUGGCGGCGUGCUUGCUCUCUUUGCCAAACCCCGCAUGACACCGCUGGCAAACAACUAUGUUCUCAAGACUGCCAAGUGCCCAGACCCUGCUCCAUUUACGCUAAUGAGCCGCCUGGAGGAAAAGUCUAAGGAACUCACCAUGACAGACAUGGCAGCCGAGUGCCUCGACCACAUGACUGCUGGCAUUGAUACUACAGGCGAUGGUCUUUGCUUCUUGAUGUGGGAGCUCUCACAGCCACGGUCACUAGAGAUUCAGCGUAGGCUUUCGGAAGAAGUUCGAGAGGGUAUCGCGCGUGGUACGCCCAUUGACCAACUACCGUUUCUUGAUGCAGUCGUCUGCGAAGGCCUACGCUGCUUCCCGUCCAUCCCCAUGUCCUUGCCGCGCUACGUACCGGCUGAUGGCAGAUUGAUUGAUGAAACCUUUAUCCCAGAGCAUACCAAGGUCAGCUGUCAGGCACUUUCGGUGCACAUGGUAAACACGGACGUGUUUCCUCGACCCGAAGUGUUUAACCCUGAUCGAUGGCUGGUGCAGGGUGGUGAUGCAGAGAGACGCCGACUUAUGUUUGCCUUUUCCAACGGCGGCAGAGGGUGUGUUGGCAAGCAUUUGGCCAUGCUUGAAAUGAAGACGUUGCUACGGGAUGUCUAUGCGCAGUGCCGAACUGUGCCUCACGUAUCGAUGAAGGCGGAAGAUAUGGUCAUGGCGGAUGAUUUGGUUUCGACGCGGCCAGCGGGAGGCAGGUGUUUGUUGCAUUUCGAGCGUCUAGAUUCGUAUUCCUCGUAAAAUGUGACGAUGAAUAUACUGUAGCUUUCGUAGUAGGGCGUUGUGUUGCUUUUGAAGCUGGUCCAUGGGCUAGCGAUGAGCCUGUCUUUUUCUAUUGAUAUUCCUUUCCAACGAUAUACUUGCUCACAUUAAGCUAUUGUUACUGCCUCAAGCAACUUCUGCUAUUCUUUUCGCUGCACUGCACUACAUGUGACGUUGUCUUGUUGGGUGCAACGUCAAUACGACAGACACAGGCGUCCAGUGCUUGCCUCUGCUACCUAAAGCGGCAGCCGUUUCCCGCAGUUGGGUGCCAGUGCCAGU